GUCUACCCAAAUUCUCAAACUUAAGUGAUACCCGAGGUAUUUUACCCAUAUCUUCGUCAAGAAAAAAAGUUCGGUUGUUACACUAAUUUUACCACAAAGGUUAUUUUCCCCCGUAAAAACUGAAAAAAAAAGAGUAAAUUAAUUUUGAACGCGAGCUGGGCUACACGUAAGGUACGACCUGAAACAGGUCUGACGAGACCUGACCUGAGAGAGGAAAUGUGACUGUGUGAGCCCACCACCAUCCUUACGAGAAAAAAAGCCAAACACCAUUUUUUUUCUUCCUUUUUACUUUCUGCAUUCCCCAUUUCCACUUCCCUUUCCCUUUUAUCAAGGACCAGAACCAGCUGCUGUACUACUUAUUAGCUUCAGGGAGAAAGAAAGAAAAAAAACCCAGAAAAACGAAACCAAAAAGAACCAAGCUUUCACCCCCUUUGCUUCCAUGGAUGCAGCGGAAGAACCCAUCUCCCCUACUCCUUCCGAUCAGCUUCCCCUCAACGAGCACAUCGCCAUGUAUCCCCACUUCAAGGUUCAUAGAAGGAAGUCGCGUGGCUCCAGGACGAAGCCUAGCCAGAUCCACCACCAUCUUCAAUCUCCUGAGCAACCUGACUCCAACUCUCAACUCGUUGUGUAUGACAAUUCACCCGACUCUAAAAGACAAAAGAGAGCGGCUGUACAUGACUUCUACGAUGGUGCUGAGGCGAAGUCAUCUUCUGCGCUGGAGCGUGCAGAACAGUUUCGAGCAAAUCUACCUGCUGAUAACCCUAGCUUUGCUAAGACGUUAGUCCGUUCCAAUGUCACUGUUGGAUUCUGGAUGCAUCUUCCAAUGCGGUUUUGCAAAUCUUACCUCCCAAAGUCUGAUACAACUGUUCUCGUCGAAAAUGAAAUUGGAGCAGAAUAUGUAAUCAAUUACAUUGCGGACAGGACAGCUUUGAGUGGUGGAUGGAAGGCCUUCUGUGCUGCACACGAGCUGAUUGAGGGCGAUGUUCUCAUCUUCCAGUUGGUCAAACCCCUAAGGUUUAAGGUGUAUGUAGUGAGAGGAAAUGAUUCUUCUCCCAAGCCCAACAACGAUCUUCACAUCCAACCUACAGAGCCUAGUGAAAAGCGAAUGAUUUCUGCAAGAGAACCAGUUAAGCUGCCGGGAACCCAAGACAGUACUAAAAGUGCCCUUUCGAGGCAGGACAAUAGCAACAACGAUGAACAAGAAAAGCGUCUCGUAGCAAUAGAUUCAACAACCAACGCCAAUUUUCAAGAGCACUCUGAAAACAGCUCCGGAAACAUGGAUAUCGUCACAUGUUCUUCAGAACCCACCGACUCUCAUGACAUAAUCGACUUCUCAGGUGGCAUCCAAGAGUUCAGUGUGGUGGUCAAUGGCACCGAGAUUGAUUCGGAGCUCUCGGACCACCACCGGCAAAAAUACUAUGAAUUAUGCUGCUCCCAGAGAAAAUUUCUGCACGGGAACCUCCUUGACAGCAUCAACUGCAAGCUGGCUGCUGAGCUCAUAAUCGGAACAGUCGAUAUAGCUGAGUCCAUCAGGUCGUCCACACUGUCGAGCUCUCGCAGGGAGUAUGCCGUCUGGGAGAAGAACCUGAAAGGGUUUCAGCUGCUGGGGAUGAACGUCGGGUUCCUGUGCAACAGACUGGACAAGCUGAUGAAGCUCGCACUGGAGUCGGAAAAGGCCGUGGAGUCUGAGAGGCGGGAAGUGAAACUGAGGCAGGAACGUGUGAGUGAGGAGAUGGAGUGCCUGGAAAUGAAACUCAAGGAGUUGAGACAGGCCAGGAAGAGGAUCGACGAAGAGAUCGAGACUCUGAAAGUGACUGCGGAGAGGCAUGAAGUCAUGUUUCAGGAAGUUGUGAAUGCUCCAUGGUGAAAGGAGUUCUGUAAUGUACUGUACUGUAAUGUAAUGUCUGCGGCCUGCCGUUAGAGGCAACAGUGUACUGUAACAUUUGAAUGUCUGUAAUGUAACAUGCUGUAGUUGUAGGCCUGUAGGUUGUAUUUCAAUGUAUGGUGUUGUAUUAUCCUUAAUCUGAUUGAAAGUUUGUAGCUUUAUGAAUCUUUGCCACCAUGAUUCGAGUCUAGUGAUAUUCGUGCCAUGGACAGUUUGUUUUCUGAUGUCAAGAGACUGGCUCUCAGAGUCAGAGAGGGCUUCCCAAACGCUACUGCAAUUCUUUUUUUGUCCCGAUCAACUUCAGCCAACAUAGAGUAAUGUCGCUACUGCAAUUCUUUCAACGCAACUCAUCUCUCAUAUUCGACAUUGAUAUGUUGGAUACGACAAUGAUGAUUUGAAGCGAUGAUCUGAACUUGCAAAAGUAAUUUACUAUCCUGUAAGAGAAAGUCGAAUCAUUGUUAGUAUCCCAUGCACUUAGAUUCUACCUCUAAUAAAUUUAGUAAUAAUUUUCCAUCCGUAACGGGUAAAUUGACUUCCUAAUUAAGUCACUGAUUUAACUAUUUACCAAUUAUGUCUCAACAACGAACCAAUGUUUUCGCAUGUAGUCAGCAAUGAUGGUUCAUGAUGCCGCUCUUCUCGUCGUCACGAUCCGGGGUUCGAAGUUUGCCUGUAAUAGCACUCCAUCUCUCGACUCACAAAACCCUAGUUGUGUCGAGCCAUCGACCUCAGAACUUGUUUAACCCAUCCGCGGCAUUAACUAAGUGGCAACCAUAGGUAACGGAUCAUGAUCAAUAACAAAAAAUGUUUAGCAUUGGAGUAAACUGCACCUCCAUUUUUACCGCUGGUUGAUCAUCGUGGGAAGAAGAGUUAGACACGAUUCACUGUACAGCUUACAGCUAAUCAACAUCGUGGGAAGAA